CUCUCUAGAGGGACAAAAAACCCUGAAACAGUAAUUAUCUUUGACAAAAAUGGAGAAGAUGACAUUGCAAUGGAGGAUGAAUUUGCUCUUGCUGGACACAAAGCGGGAAAACAAGAAGAUGGAAGAAGAUGAAAUCAUGAAACGGGGAAAUACAUUCAAACGGGUAGCUUUGACUUUUUUUUUUUUUUGACUGGUAGCUUCGACUUUUAUAUUUGUAUUUAGAUACGUAUACCGUAUUUACAUACACUUGACUUAAAUUUAAAAGUGAUGCAAAAUACGGAGUACCAUUGUUGCCCCUAUAGUUGGACAAAGCGGCAUAGCACCGUGCAGGGCAACCAAACCAUUCUCGUUUUCUCUCAAAAAAUAUUAGACCUUCUCCGUUCUCACUGUCUCUCUCCUCCAGCGUACACUGAAUAUUCCAUUGAAGCAGCUUCUGAGCUUUCUCUUUUUCAUUGAAGCAGCUUAUCAGAAGAGACAAUGUCGGUUAUGGUGGAAACAAGUUUGGGUGAAUUCGUGAUUGACUUAUUCAUUGAACGUUGUCCGUUAACUUGUAAAAACUUCUUGAAGCUUUGCAAGAUCAAAUACUACAAUGGUUGUUUAUUUCACACAGUGCAGAAGGAUUUUACAGCGCAAACUGGUGAUCCAACUGGAACAGGAAGUGGCGGCAACUCUAUCUAUAAGUUUUUAUAUGGUGACCAAGCUCGGUUCUUCAAAGAUGAAAUUUACCCUGACGUGAAGCACUCAAAAAUGGGUACUGUUGCAAUGGCUAGUGCUGGGGAGAAUUUGAAUGCGUCCCAGUUCUACAUAACAUUAAGAGAUGAGCUUGACUUCCUGGACGAGAAGCAUACUGUCUUUGGGGAGAUUGCAGAAGGUCAUGAAACACUAACGAGAAUAAAUGAAGCUUAUUUGGAUGAGAAGGGAAGACCAUUUAAGAAUAUAAGGAUAAAGCACACUUACGUGCUUGACGAUCCUUUUGAAGACCCUCCCCAGCUGGCCAGUUUAAUACCUGAUGCUUCACCAGAAGGCAAACCAAAAGAAGAGGUUGAUGAUGAUGUGAGACUAGAAGAUGAUUGGGAACCUAUGGACGAACAAUUACCUCCAGAAGAGCUGGAGGAAGCUAUACGUACAAAGGAAGCACACUCUAGGGCUGUGGUUCUUGAAAGUAUUGGUGACAUUCCAGAUGCUGAUGUAAAACCUCCUGAUAAUGUGUUGUUUGUAUGUAAACUUAAUCCGGUGACUGAGGAUGAGGACUUGCAUACUAUAUUCUCACGGUUUGGAACUGUUACAUCGGCUGAGGUCAUCCGUGAUUUCAAGACUGGUGACAGCCUGUGUUAUGCUUUCAUUGAGUUUGAGAGUAAUGACGCUUGCGAGCGAGCUUACUUCAAGAUGGACAAUGCACUAAUUGAUGACAGGAGGAUAAAAGUUGAUUUUAGUCAAAGUGUUUCUAAGCUCUGGAAUCAAUUUAGACGGAAAGGAACUCAAGGAAGAGGAUGCUUCAAAUGUGGUGCACUAGAUCAUGUUGCAAAAAAUUGCUCCAUGGGAGAAAUGCCUGGUCAGCAUCAGAAAUAUGUUCUAAAAGAAGAUAAUCAGCAGCAUGGUGGAAAUAGAGAUGCAGGCUAUGAGAUGGUGUUUGAUGAAGAUGGUGGAAGCCCAAAAAGAGAAAAGAGGCACCGAGAUUAUGAGCCAGAUAGGAAACGACACAAAUCUGAAAGGAGGGAUCACGGUGAUGAUAAACACAGGCGUGAUGGGAAGAAUAGAGACUCAAGGGACAGUGAGAGACGUCGAUACAAAAAUGAUGAUCAUGAUGGGCAUGGUGGCCGAAGGGAUGAAAGGGAGAGAGGUAAUAGUCAUGUCAGGGAUGGCAAGGAAAGAGAGAGAAGUCAUGGGAGGGAAGACAGGAAUCGGAAAGAGAGUAGGUAUGAUCGCAGGAUUGACCAGGAUUGCCGAGAGAAGAAAAAUGAUGGGGAUAACAGAAAAAUGACUGAAAAUAUAGGUAUAUUGAGCAAGAGAGAUGGAGCUGAUAGGAGUAAGGACAGGGAUAGGAGGAGAGAUUCAGAUUUUUAUGAGCCAAGCAGAAAGGAAGUGCAAAAUCAGAGAAGAAGCUCAAGAGAUUACACUCAUGGCAACAAUGAGAGGCGGCGAACUGACAGGAGGUGAACUUUGUCGAUCCGAUUAAUAGAGAUGCUUCUGAUUUUGUAAGCCAGUGCCCUCUUGAUCUUGCUUCUUUUUUUUUGUGUCGAUACCUAGCUUACAGAGAGACAGUUGAGUACCCUUAUCUACUGUAGUUCUCAGUUUGUAAUAGUAUUAACAAUAUACCAACUGGUACAAAGUUAAAAAGAGGAGAAAUCGGCCAUAUUGUAAUGAAAUUUUUGACCGUGAAUUCGGUGAGUGGGAAAUUUGAACUUUUUGAAGUUACUUUCAUUCUUUUCACGAGAUGCAUGUACAACUUAUAGGCCUUCUUUGAUUAAAAGCAGAAACAAUGUCCACUGGGGUUAGAAGACGAAA